AUGUGGCGAAAACGUUUCGUUGUGACUUGCGACAUCCUCCUGCAGCUUGUUGUUAUCCCCCAGGAGCUAGCGUACUACAGCGCAGUAUUUCACCACAACGUGAAGGUCCGCGAAGCAGCAAGCCGCUUUGCGAACAGAGGCAGUCGCAAUGAAGCCAAUGAUCAGAUUCGUGGUUUAUUCCUGGCUCUGGGGCACCAUCAGGCAGCCCAGUGGGGCACGAAAGAUGAUGUCCCGGUACUCAAGAAAACUGCGCUGUUGGGCAAGCGCAAGCGUGCCGGUGGCAAUGUUCUACAGUACGGAGACGACCACGAGGAGGACGCAGAGCCGCUUGAGGCGGAGUGAAAUCGGGUGUGGUGUGAGGUUGCAGGUCACCUGCAAGCCUCACUGGGCUCGUGGGAAAGAAGUGCAUAUUGCAUAUCACAGUCUGCAGUUUUUUAUACCUGGGAGGACUCUCACACCUGCAAUGCGCGCCUUCCCUCAGUUGCAAGCUUGUGACGGCAGAAGGGGCCUUCCUAAACUGCCGCAAUUUGGUAAGCAGUACGAGCUGUUUGAAAGGCAGACUCAAAUCUGUUACCCUACAUUAUCCGAUCUCCCGCUCAACACAAUAAUUGAAAUGGCCAUCAAGCGAGCUGCAGAGCUAGCUGCAGGGGCAGCAAAGAGAACUCGCAGCUCCCCCAGACUCAAUAACAACAGUGACCUCACAACAGUGACCCCCAAGAAGGGUAAAGACAUCAACAAAGGCAAAGGGAAGCAGUCUGCGCAGGCGGAAAUUGACUUGGCCAUGGACUUCGAGGACAAGGGCGAUAUCUCCAGUAGCGACGACGACGACGAGUACGACGGCACGUGGAGUCUAGAUGAUGACAUCGUACUGAACGACCAGUUCCACCAAUAUGAAGACGGAAUUAGCACUUCAGUCAACGAGAUCGAGGAUCCGUGCCCCGAGCUCGCUGAUGAGAUAAGAUAUUUGAUCUCCGACAGACGCUACUCAAUGCACUUGACGAACACUGCGGCGACGAGAGCUUUGCACCCACGAUCACUUCUCACGAGAAGACCGAUCGAUCUCCUCGUUCUGAUCGGAUCGUCUGCCGCAAACCAAUGCUUGCAGGGCACAGCUCGCAAACACUCACUCUCAUUUCGAAGAGAGACGGUGGAUCAGCAACCUUCGAGCCGACUAAGUUUAACACAGAACUUGUAGGUAUCAAAACUCUUGAAGCUAAAAUUCAAAUACGCAUCACCUACGUUGUAGGUAACAAAGCGUCCUGCAGGAUGUUUUAGUCUUUCCCCUACGUUACUGUAUCCUGCAAAGUGAAAGACUCGGUCAUCGG